AUUCAUUUACAUUUCAGUUACAAUGUAUCGCGCUGUCGUGUUGUUGGUCGGUGUGGUUGUGUUGGUCAAAACUGACCUUGACGUACGGCGCUGUCUUGAGACUGCAGUGUUAAACUCAGGCUGUUGUCGAUUCAAUAUUACUGAAGAGAAGGCUGCCAUGAUGUGGAAAUGUGCUGAGGCUUCAUAUCCUGAGCCUCACUCCUGUGUUUUCGAGACUUGUGUUGGAGAAAAUAGUGGAUUUCUGCUAUCAAAUGGAACUAUAGAUAAAACAUUACUAGAGGCGACUUUAGCAGUGGACUAUGAAAACAACACUGACAUCUUGGAGAUAGUUAAAGAAAAGUGUUUAGUGGACGAUAUGUCUGUUUACGGGCCACCUGGGAUGUGCGAUGCUAAGAAAAUUGCUAAUUGUUUACGUGCCUUUACUGUGGUGAACUGUCCGCUGUGGGUAGAUUCCGACUAUUGCAACAAAGUGAGAGACGAAGUUGAAAAAUGUGAAAGUGUUUUUCCCUGAAAUUGAAACUUUUUCGCUUAUAUAAACACUAAUAUGUAUUAUAAUAAUUUUGCACUAACCAGUACUAACAUAGUUUUGUAACAUUUAUAGUAAGAAAUCAAUAUUGUGUUAACAAUACGUAUAAAUAAAAUUGAAAUGUAUGUCUGUGAUGUCAA